UGGACAAAACUCUCCUACUUUCCCUCUCACAAUCUCUCUCUUCAUCUCGCCUUUCUUUUAACACCCUAUUUAUUGAUUACUGGUCUUAUAAAUAGAGAUAGUGCAUCUUUUGGGCACUAGUACACCAGUGGAUGAUCCUCCUCCUCGUUAUAUAAAUUUGUAGUUGGGUAGCUGGACUGCAUCUCUUUUCAUGUUCCGAUAAAGGCGCCGUCUUUCUUUCUCUUUUUUGGUUCAGUUGCUGUUGCCAGUUGCAGAUUAUAGAGCCCAGCCCACAAGUUGAGUAAGCAGCUUUGGUGUCUGCUACGAUGUCAGCAGACACUUCAUCAACAAAUGAGGCGUCCACAUCUGCAACCCAUCCUGAUGCCGCUAAAACUUCUGGCGUUGAUGGAAGCAGAGAUCACAACAGAAACCAGACCGCAACUGCAGUGCCCUUUUAUAAGCUAUUUGCCUUUGCUGAUUCCAUUGACAAAAUAUUAAUGAUUGUUGGUACAAUUGGCGCCAUCGGCAACGGCUUGUCCCUUCCGCUUAUGACAAUCCUUUUCGGGGACUUGAUUGAUUCUUUCGGCCAAACCCAAACCAAAGACGUUGUCUCAGCUGUCUCAAAGGUAGCACUAAAGUUUGUGUAUUUGGCGCUGGGAUGUGGUGUAGCAGCAUUUCUGCAGGUGGCUUGCUGGAUGAUCACUGGUGAAAGACAAGCAGCACGCAUUAGGAGUCUCUAUCUGAGAACAAUUUUAAGACAAGAUGUCGCUUUCUUUGAUAAGGAAACUAAUACAGGAGAAGUAAUUGGAAGAAUGUCCGGUGACACUGUACUAAUUCAAGAUGCCAUGGGUGAGAAGGUUGGAAAGUUUAUACAGCUGUUAGCAACAUUCGUGGGAGGCUUUGUGAUUGCAUUUAUUAAAGGAUGGCUCCUUACCCUUGUCAUGCUAUCAUCUAUUCCUUUGCUCGUAAUAUCUGGCGGAAUCAUGUCCCAUGUCCUAUCCAAGAUGGCAUCUCGUGGCCAAAAUGCAUAUGCUAAGGCUGCAAUUGUGGUUGAACAGACAAUUGGCGCCAUCAGAACUGUUGCCUCAUUUACUGGGGAAAAGCAAGCUGUGUCUGACUAUGAAAAGUCCCUUGUGGAGGCCUACAAAUCAGGUGUACAUGAAGGGUGGGCUAGUGGAUUAGGAUUCGGAUCGGUUAUGUUCAUUCUAUUCUGCAGUUAUGCCUUGGCUAUUUGGUUUGGUGGAAAGAUGAUCUUGGAGAAGGGUUAUACAGGGGGAGAAGUGCUUAAUGUGAUUAUUGCAGUGCUAACUGGUUCCAUGUCCCUAGGACAGGCAUCUCCUUGCAUGACCGCGUUUGCAGCAGGUCAGGCUGCAGCCUUCAAGAUGUUUGAAACUAUAAGCAGGAAACCUGCAAUAGAUGCAUAUGAUACCAGAGGGAAAAUACUCGAGGACAUUCGUGGGGACAUAGAACUAAGAGAUGUCUAUUUUAGCUAUCCUGCCAGACCAAAUGAACAAAUAUUCAGAGGCUUCUCUCUAUUCAUCCCUAGUGGCACGACAGCAGCUUUGGUUGGACAGAGUGGAAGUGGGAAAUCAACCGUGAUAAGUUUGAUUGAGAGAUUUUAUGAUCCAGAGCUUGGUGAAGUAUUAAUUGAUGGAAUCAAUCUUAAAGAGUUCCAGCUCAAGUGGAUUAGGUCAAAACUUGGUCUUGUCAGCCAAGAACCAGUGCUUUUCACAGCCAGCAUUAAAGAUAAUAUUGCAUAUGGAAAGGAUGAUGCAACUACUGAGGAAAUAAGAAUGGCAGCAGAACUAGCAAAUGCUGCUAAAUUCAUUGAUAAACUGCCCCAGGGCCUUGAUACCAUGGUUGGUGAACAUGGAACUCAGCUUUCUGGUGGACAGAAACAGAGAGUUGCAAUAGCCCGAGCAAUUCUGAAGGAUCCCAGAAUCCUACUCUUGGAUGAGGCUACAAGUGCACUAGAUGCAGAAUCUGAGAGAAUUGUGCAAGAGGCAUUAGACAGGAUUAUGGUAAACAGGACAACAGUCAUUGUUGCUCAUCGUUUAACUACAGUUAGGAAUGCUCAUAUGAUUGCAGUCAUCCAUCAGGGAAAGAUUGUUGAAAAAGGCACACAUGCUGAACUACUCCAGGAUCCUGAAGGGGCGUAUUCUCAGCUCAUACGCUUACAAGAAGCAAAUAAAGACUUGGAACACAUUGAUGAAAAAGAAAAAUCAGACAUCUCGAUGGAUUCUGGUCGACACUCGAGUCAAAAAAUGUCAUUCGUGCGCUCCCUUAGUAGAGGGUCCUCCGGAAGAGGAAGUAGCAGCCGUCAUCAAUCAUUAUCAUUUGGUCUACCUGCAAGGCUUCAUGUUUCCGAUUCCACAUUAGAAAAUGCAUAUGUGGCUUCCCCUGAAACAUCUGAAAAGCCUCCGAAAGUCCCCAUUCGCCGCCUUGCCUGUCUAAAUAAGCCCGAAGUACCUGUGCUGAUACUGGGUGCUCUAGCUGCGAUUGUUAAUGGUGCAAUAAUGCCUGUUUUUGGUAUAUUAAUUUCAAGUGUGAUAAAAACGUUUUAUGAGACGCCGCAUAAGUUACGCAAGGAUUCAAAAUUCUGGGCCUUCAUGUUUGUGGCCCUUGGGGCGGCAUCAUUAAUUGCAUAUCCAGGAAGGACAUAUCUCUUUGGAGUGGCAGGGAAUAAGUUGAUCAGGAGAAUAAGAUUAAUGUGCUUUGAGAGGGUGGUUAACACGGAGGUUGGUUGGUUUGAUGAGCCCGAACAUUCAAGUGGUGUGAUUGGAGCAAGACUAUCUGCUGAUGCUGCUAGCGUUCGUGCUCUAGUUGGUGAUGCACUUGCACAGAUGGUUCAAGAUUUAUCCUCGGCAGUUGUGGGACUGGCUAUUGCUUUUGAAGCAAGUUGGCAGUUGGCACUUAUCAUCCUUGCUAUGAUACCUCUGAUAGGACUGAGUGGAUACGUGCAGAUUAGGUUCAUCAAAGGGUUCAGUGCAGACGCAAAGGCGAUGUACGAGGAAGCAAGUCAAGUAGCUAAUGACGCUGUUGGUAGUAUAAGAACAAUUGCUUCCUUCUGUGCAGAAGAGAAGGUAAUGGGAAUGUACAAAAACAAGUGUGAAGGCCCAAUGAGAAAUGGGAUUAGACAAGGAGUGGUUAGUGGAAUAGGGUUUGGUUUAUCUUUUGGGUUGCUGUUUCUGGUGUAUGCUACAAGCUUUUAUGCGGGAGCUCGACUUGUUGAGGAUGGCAAAAUUACAUUUACAGAUGUAUUCCGUGUUUUCUUUGCUCUAACUAUGGCAGCAAUAGCAAUCUCCCAAUCAAGUUCAUUAGCUCCUGACUCAAGCAAAGCUAAGAGCGCAGCUGCUUCUAUAUUUUCUAUUCUUGACAGAAAAUCUAAGAUUGAUCCAAGUGAUGAGUCUGGGGUGAAGCUAGAAAGUUUGAAGGGAGAAAUUGAACUGAGACACGUGAGUUUCAAGUAUCCUAGUAGGCCUGAUGUUCAGAUUUUCCGGGACCUUUCCCUGGCAAUUCGCAGUGGCAAGACAGUUGCUUUGGUAGGGGAAAGUGGAAGUGGGAAAUCAACUGUGAUAUCGUUAUUGCAAAGAUUCUAUGAUCCUGACUCGGGCGUGAUUACAAUAGAUGGAAUUGAGAUUGACAAAUUCCAAUUGAAAUGGCUGAGACAGCAGAUGGGACUUGUCAGCCAAGAGCCUGUUUUGUUUAAUGGUACGAUCCGUGCCAACAUCGCAUAUGGAAAGCAAGGAAAUGCAAGCGAGGCAGAAAUCACAGCUGCAGCUGAGCUGUCGAAUGCCCACAAAUUCAUCAGUGGGCUGGCACAGGGAUAUGAUACGAUGGUGGGAGAACGAGGGGUCCAACUCUCUGGCGGACAAAAGCAGCGUGUUGCCAUUGCACGGGCCAUCAUAAAAAGUCCCAAGAUACUACUACUAGACGAGGCAACCAGUGCAUUGGAUGCCGAAUCGGAGAGGGUAGUUCAGGAUGCACUAGAUCGAGUAAUGGUGAACCGGACUACGGUGGUCGUGGCUCACAGGUUAUCAACCAUCAAGGGAGCAGAUGUUAUCGCUGUUGUCAAGAAUGGAGUUAUAGUUGAGAAAGGGAAGCACGACACUCUAAUCAACAUCAAAGAUGGCUUUUACGCAUCAUUAGUCGCACUUCACAUGACUGCUGCCUCUUAAUUUUCUUAUAAUUGAUAAAAUGGGUCUACUCGUCUAAUUUUGAGUUUUGUCUCUUGGCUAGGACUAGGUUGAUGGAAUCGGAUUAUCAUCAACUUAUAUUCCAGUAUCUGUUUACUGCAUUC